AUGAGAGCCAAGAGAUGGAGGAAACCUGGGAGGAGCUGCAGCACAACCACACUUUUAGAGGAAAACAACAACAAUGACCAACAGGACGCGGGCCACAGGUACGCCCCCCCCAAGCCCCCCGAGCCCCCCGAGCCCCACGACGGUGCUGAACAACAACUCCUGCAGAAUCUUCUUGCAAAGUCCUCCAGAAUGGAUCUGAGGGACUCCAACUAUGAGAAGCAGAAGCUCUGCGUGGAUCAGCUGAUCCAGGCGUUUGUGUCCCAGAGCUUCCCCGACCCCCCCGCUGACCCAGACGGGAGCCUGGGAGAGCACCUGACACAUGUGAUGGAGGCAGUGGUGCACAAGCUGGAGACGCACGGUCCCGUGAUCUCCCGGGAGGAGAGCAGGAUCCUGAUGGACCACUGCCAUCGCCACACCUUCACUCACCUGAACACGCUGCUCCAGAGGGUCAACGCCCCUAGAAACACCUUUCUGCUGAUGAACUGGGUCUCACAUACAUAUCUGGGACAGGAGAUGCUUGAUAAUCCCGACCAGCGGCUGCUGCAUGAGUGGGAAACCAAGGCCAAGGUCAAACUGCUGGAGAGCGUGCAGGUACAUGUCUGGAUGUUCUUAUUACUCAACAUGUUUUACACUCAUUUUAGUGGCAUCCAUGUCCGGGGGUCGCUGGGUAAAGUCCUGGAGGUUGACAGAGCCCAAACGCAUCACGGUGAGGAAGCCUACGUUGGACUCUACGUGGACAUCAUUCAGUGCAUUGGUGCCAUGACCAAAGCAGCGGGUGACAUCAGCUCAGAACUGCACACUCAGGUGUGGGAGGUUUGUCUCCGAGAGCUGCUGGUGUUGGUCCGGAGAUACACAGAGGAGCAGACUGAGGCGCUCGCAGAGGAAACAAAGACGUGGUUGGGAAACAGAGGCAACCUGGAAACGAUACGCUUCCUCAAGACGCUGAAAACAUGCAAAGAGCUCAGGCAGCACGUCCAGACCGGAGGAAAAGGCCUCCACACUUCUCUGCUCAAGGAGACCGUGAGAACGCUGGAAAACAUGGAGGCUUUCACGCUGGAACGCCUGAUGGAAAUAGUCGCCGACAUGGCAGAGGUACCAGUCUAA